GUCUACAGUCAUGUGACACACGCAUCGUCUGCGAUUUUCCUACCCUGGCCCUGAUCAAGAACGAGAUCUGAUCUGAUCAGUCAACAACAAUCUCGGUCCCAGCUCCGUCUUUCUCACCCUUCGACUUCGGGACAGGAUCAUCGGACUCUUCACGACCACAGUGACGGAAUCCACAAAAGAACCCUCACUCCUAUCACAGCAAGCUCAGGACAAUGCUCUUCAGUCUCUCGGUAGUGAGGCGUUCCGCUUCCGGACCCAUGGCCUCACGCCUUGCGGCCGCGGCCAAAGUUGAUGCCCAUUCCGCAAGUGCCUCACUUUGCGUUGCUGCUCGCCGCUAUCAGUCCUCCUCUUCUUCUUCGUCGUCUUCCUCUUCCUCUUCCAGCGACAUGUCUCAAUUCGACUUUGCUUCACUCGUCACCCCCGAGCGUCCUAUUCACGCUGCUUCGAUGGACAGGGUUGAUCUUGCCAACGGUUCUUUCUUUGCUCUGCACCGUCCUUUGCUUAGCGUCACCAAUGCACCCAUUGAGACACAACAGCAUAUAUCAGAUGACUACGAAGAUUCAAUUGAGGAUUUGACCCACUAUUUCUCAUCGCUGCGCCCAUUCACACCACCGAAUCCAGUGCACCAGGGAUCCAUCCAUAACAGAAACACAGAGCAGGCAUUCCAGGACUUCUUGCGACAGAUUGGAGAUAAGCAAUUCAGUGUUUCGAGCAUUGACGGUCAGAACUGGAUUCAGCUGCCAGUGCAGACUCCUCGUGAGAGUGUCAUGGACGAGCUGGAUGAGACCAACACGAUGCAUAUGACGAGUGUGUUGCGCAAGAGGAGGAUUAAGAUGAGAAAGCACAAGUACAAGAAGUUGCGCAAGAGAACCAGAGCCUUACGCAAGAAGCUUGGAAAGUAGAUGUCUGGACGUCUUUUUUAUUUGGGCUGGAUUAAGUGGCAGGGGGGAGGACGAAAGGGAGCUGGUUGGUGAUGAGAGUUGCCAGCACAAAAAGAAAUCAUCUAGAGCAUCAAAUUAUAAAGAAACCAUUGUUCAUUAUCGCGU